AUGUGUAGGAAGGAAUCCCGUGCAUCAGAACCGGAAAAAAUAGCAGUUUAUUGCGUGCUUGAUCCAUUUUUAUUUUCCAACGGGAUUAGGAAGAGCCGUCCUUCCAGUCAGAAUCACCCCGACUUACUCAGUAUUCCAGAAUCCACCAAUGGUCCAUCAACAUUAUUAUCCCUGCUAACUAUACUAACGAUUACAGAAUGA